GUUUUAAGUAGCUGAUGUUUAGGGAGGAGAACAUGGCAUCAUGGUAUCAAGUAGGUUAUAUAUAAAUGCAUGAUCAAGUGUAUAGCCAGCCCCCUGUGUGGCAUCUCAAAGCCUGCCUGCCUGCAAACUAGUUAAUUCCCAAGCAAAGUGGAAGAGGCAGGAGAGGGGAUCAGUAUGGCCAACACUGAAGCUCAGUACAUCUCUUGGGAGGACGAGGAGUGGAGGAAGGGGCCAUGGACUGCUCAAGAGGACAAGCUCCUCAUUGAACAUGUCAACCACCACGGCCAAGGCAAAUGGAACUGUGUCUCCAAGUUAACAGGGUUGAAGAGAAGUGGGAAGAGCUGCAGGCUGAGGUGGGUGAACUACUUGAGGCCAGACCUGAAGAGAGGUAAUAUCACCCCUCAAGAGGAGAGGACCAUCCAGGAGCUGCAUGCUUUGUGGGGAAAUAGAUGGUCCACCAUCGCUCGAAACCUCCCGGGAAGGACCGACAACGAGAUCAAGAAUUACUGGAGGACUCAUUUCAAGAAGACAAAGCCCUCCAAGAACCUCGAGGAGGCGAGAGAGAGAUUCUUGAUUCACCAACGACAGAAAAAAGGUAGAGUGCAGGAGGAGCAUCAACAAGAUCAAGGAAAUUUGGAACGGCAAGAUACACCUGAGCUAUUGAUGGAGCGAGAUAAGGAAAUUGAAUCAGCCGAAGACUUGCAAGAAAUGAUGGCACUCAUGUGCUGCAUACCAUAUGUGAUUCAAGUUCAAGGCGAUGCGAUCAAUGGAUACUCGAGUGAGGGAUCGACCGACGGUGAAUCCUGGGGGAACCUAUGGAACCUUGAUGACAUAUGAACUAAAGAUUGUAGCACACUAAGUUUGUCUACAAUCAAUUUCUUCUACCUUCACCUUCUCCACUUUUUUUUUUUUUCUCUAAACAGAAUACUUGGUGACAAAAGUAUGUCUCUCUUUCUAAAUAUACAAGUUGAAUUGAUAAUAGUUGAAAAAUGUGAGAAUAAAGAGAUCAUU